AUGUUCAACUUCCACAUCGAAGCUAAGGAUCAGUCACUAACACGUCGGGGAAUCCUGUCGACGGUUGCCUCCAUCUAUGACCCUCUUGGGUUCCUUGCCCCAUUUGUACUCAUUGGCAAGGGAAUUCUUCAGGAAAUGUGCCACAGCGGAUCGGAUUGGGAUGAUCCACUUCCUGAUAAGCUGCACCCACGGUGGGAGAAGUUGAAGGAUGACCUUGUAAAUCUGAAGCAAAUCCAGAUACCCAGGUGCUACAAGCCAAAUGACUUUGGGAAGGUCAUCGCCAUGGAGCUCCAUCAUUUCUGUGAUGCCAGUACAAGUGGAUAUGGCCAGUGUUCAUAUUUGCGAUUCAUCGGAGAAGAUAAGGUGCAUUGCACACUGGUGUCGGGAAAGGCCAGAGUUGCUCCAAUCAAAGUUGUCACCAUCCCCGCCUCGAGUUGA